AUGGCAGGAACUAGAAAGCGCAAGACGAAUGGGGAUUCACCACAAACUGCAAAGCGCCAACAGAAAGAAACAACGAGCCACCAAAAUGGAACAACUGGCCCCGCACGCAUCAACGGGAAGAAACAAAUUCUACUCAAUGCUUUUGAUAUGUCGACCGUCGGUCACUUGAGUCCUGGACAAUGGAAGAAUCCAAAAGACCGCUCGGCCGAGAAGCGAGGUCUGCAGUAUUGGCUUGAUCUAGCUCAGAUUCUGGAGAGAGGCGGUAUCAAUGCGCUGUUCCUCGCUGAUACGUAUGGAGGUUAUGAUACCUAUGAGGGCAGUUUGGAUAAUUGUAUCCGGAGAGCUGCACAAUGGCCUGUUACUGACCCGACAAUUCCUAUCAGUGCCAUGGCUGCAGUAACAAAGAAUCUUGCGUUUGGCAUUACCGCAAGCACAUCUUUCGAACCCCCCUUUCUUCUCGCCAAGCGCUUCUCCACUCUUGAUCACCUGACCGGUGGUAGAAUAGGCUGGAAUAUCGUCACAUCCUGGAAAAAGAGUGCCUUCAAAGCUAUCGGCAUCGACACUCCCUUCGAACACGACAAGCGCUACCUGCAAGCCGACGAAUACUUGCGUGUUCUCUACAAACUUUGGGAAGGCUCUUGGAGUAAAGACGCUGUCGUCAAAGAUGUCGAGAAUGAUACAUACGUUGACCCUGACCUCGUAAGGCAGAUUAAUCAUCAUGGGGAGUUUUAUGAUUUGGAAUCGCGACAUAUCGUUGAUCCCUCGCUUCAGAGGACUCCGUUUCUGUUUCAAGCGGGAACUUCGCCAGCUGGAUCAGCAUUUGCAGCUAAACACGCAGAAGCCAUCUUCGUCACAUGCCACGACCCAGCUGUUCUCGCUCCAAAAAUAGCCAAUAUCCGGCGGCUCGCAGCACUCGAAGGUCGUGAUCCUGCCUCGCUCAAAUUCUUCUGUACCUUUACUCCAAUCCUAGGACUUACAGAUGAGGAAGCAGAAGAAAAGCUUGAAGAGGUGAAGAAAUACGCUUCCACGAUUGGUGGUCUAGUACUCGUUAGUGGUUGGACUGGCAUUGAUUUCUCGAGGUUGCCCUUGGGGAAGGAGAUCACGAAGGAGGAUUCUUUGGAGGCGCAUAAGGUGACGAGUACAUUGCAGCAAUUCACGACCACGAGUAAGACGGUCCCGAUUUGGACUCCUGAGGUGGUGGCCGAGAAGGCUUCUAUUGGUGGUCUUGGUCCACUGGGAGUCGGAUCGCCAGCCACUGUAGCAGAUGAAUUAGAGAGAUGGAUUCGAGAAGCUGAUGUAGAUGGCUUUAACCUUGGGUGUGUGACGACUCCGGGAACAUUUGAGGAUGUGGUUGAUUUGUUGGUUCCUGAAUUGAGACGAAGAGGAAUUUAUCCGCAGGAAGGAGAGGUGAAGGAGGGAUUGACGGCCAGGGAGAAAGUUUAUGGCGAAGGGCAGAAGGAGUUGAGAAGUGAUCAUGUUGGGAGCCAGUAUAAGUAUGACGUCUAUGUCGAAGAUCCACCGUUCGUCAAGAAGGAUGAGAAAGUGGUUAAUGGGGGUGGAAAGGUGGGGGAACACAAUCUGAGAGGGAAAGGGGCAAAAUUAGGGAAAGUGUAA